ACACACGGUCGGGGUUUCUCUCAAAACGGAACCGUGUGUCUUCUUUGCUCUCACAGUUUUAUUUUAUAAAUAUAUCUCCCAUUUUAGUAAUCAAACUAUCAAAUAUAAAGCGAUGAAUGAUAAAAUUGUCUUCAUCGUAUUUGUUUAAAAGAAUCGUUUAAAAUGUAUCGCCUCUCGCAACGACCGAAAGAGCUGAAUAUCUUCUGUUGGCUUCUGUGCUUAUUUCUGAAGCUUUGCAGUGCAGACGAAUUGCCGACUUGUUUGCCGCGUGACUACCACUAUGAAUUCACAGAAUGUGAUGAAAGUGGCGGAAGGUGGCGUGUCUCGGUGCCUAAGCCCCUGACUUGUGUGGGAGGAGCUCCCAACCCCCCGACCAGAGUCAACGAUUGCCGAAUAUCAUGUGAUGCGGGUACUUAUUUCAAUCGUUCCACCCUAGAGUGUGUGUCAUGUCCUCCAGGAACUUAUUCCUUGGGUGGUGGCGUCAAGUUCGAUUCCUGGGACCGAUUGCCCCUCGGAUUUCAUGUCAAUCUCGAGUCCUUCGAGAGCAGCUUUCGAUUGCUACAUAAUUAUGUUACGGAAGCUGGUGCCAACUGUUCCGAAUAUGGUUGGAAGUCACAGAAAUCCUUCAUUUCCUCUCGCGGAGGUCCCUGUGCAGCGACUUUGACAUACUCGGUCAAGUUAGUGAAACCUGGAGUGCUGUCUUAUACUUACCAAUAUACAGAUCCGUCUAUUUUGUUCAACUUCGAGGCACAAAAUGAUCAAUGCCAGUCUAUCGAGGAUGUUGAGAAGUACAAAUGGCCAAGGACAACAGAAGAAGCUAAGUGGAGGACUUCGACGGUUCAACUGAAAGCAGGCCUUAACGUUCUUUACUGGAAAACGGUAGGAAUGAGUUUUUCGGAUACGAAAGUUCGGAAAUCGAAGCCAGUCCGUAUCAAGAAAAUUGAAAUUAGUGGUGUGGCCUACACUUCCGAAUGUUCGCCGUGUGCUCCCGGAUCUUACAGCAGCCUGGGAUCGAAGCUCUGCACUCCAUGUCCCGAGAACACGUACUCAGAGAAAGGGGCUUCGGACUGUGCCCCUUGUGACCCCAUCACUCAAUACGCACCAAAGGGUUCAGCAACUUGCAUGGAACGUCCUCCCUGCACCAAACAGGACUAUUACGAGAUGCGCACGCCCUGCGACAGCAUGAAACUCACGCAAAUCAUCUACAAGUGGAUGGAGCCGAAGAUCUGCCGAGAUGAUGUUCCGGGGUCCGUGUCGCUGCCCAUCUCGACCGACCGGACUCCGUGUCCACCUUGCAAUCCGGGAAUGGAAUACGCCAACGAAUCCAUGUGCGCUUUUUGCGAGAAAGAUCACUUCUCUGAUGGAUCAGCACCUUGCAAGACCUGUCCCCCUUCCACUGCUCCAAACUACGGCCUCUUCUUCAAAUGGUGGCCAGAGAUUCCACCUGGGGUGUAUUCUCGUUGUAUGAGCUUAGAAGAAGGUGGUUGCAUGUCGAAUUCGGUGUGGCAGCCUGCCGGAGACCAUAUUCGAACCACAUCCGGGCAAGGAUUGGACUCGUACCUAAUUCUGUCUUUGGAAGUCCCCGGAUUCCGAACCAAAGAGAGACUCAUCAACGGCCAAGCCGUGGAAAUUGGAACAGUCAGCUUCACCUUUGAGCUUGUGUGCUCCCAGGCCUGCACAUUUGUUUUUAUGAUGGGCUCAAACCGUAAACCAGUUACAGAAAUUCAAAGCUGGAGUGGAAGGACAGAAAAACAACAUUUCAGCUACGAUGUGACUGUGGAUGAUGCGUACACAUUCAACUGGGUGUUCCAGAAGCUCGCAAUAGGGGACAACGUCACCAACCAGGCCAUUCAGAACGACGUUGCGAAGAUCUACGACAUUACGGUGCUGAACACUAUCUCUGGAGGUGCAUCGGAAUGUCAGCCUUGUCCGCAAGGCACCGAGACACAAGGAUUGUUGAACCGCUGUAUUCCCUGCCCGCCUGGUCAUUACUUAAAGGAUUCCGAAAAUCUGGAGUGCUUUCCCUGUCCUUACAACACUUAUUUGUGGAAGGCCAUGCCUCAAGGUGCCGAAUCCUGCCGGUCAUGUGGUCCCGGACUCAGGAGCGAAGACGGACAACGCUGUUACAGCGAUUGCAGGAUUUAUCUUUAUGACGGGACGUUUUUCGAUCUCACAACACUUCCACCGUAUACUGAAGUGAGAAGCAGUCCACUUUUUACAGCCAGCGGUACUCAAUAUUUUCAUGUCUUUAAUAUCUCCUUGUGUGGGCAGAAUGGGAAACCAACGGCCAUCUGUAGAAACAAUGUUACCUAUCACUCUCUGGAUCCACAGACGGAGGAAAUGGUGAGCUCCUUUGUGUGUAGAGCAACGAUCGUUCCAUCGCAAAAUGGAGCCGGCAGCGUGCCCCUCGUCACGCAAUCAGUCAGUUUAGGGGAUAAUUUGAUUGGCAUAACCACCAAGCACAAGUUGGAGAAAAUAAAGGUGGCUGAAGAAUUCAUAAGAAAUGAAGGACAAUCUGAUAUUCACUUCUUUUACACGUCUUCUGAGAAAACCCAAGCCUGCAGUGAAGGUCGCAGCACCACUCUAACCCUUCGCUGUGAUAGCAACUUGGAAGGAAAUGGAAUCAUCUCUCCUCCCUCCUCCUGCUCCGACGGAACUUGCGACGGAUGCAACUUUCACUUUCUCUGGAGGACUCGUCUUGCUUGUCGAGUUUGCACUGAGAGCGACUACCAGAUCGUUCGCGGGGAAUGCAAACACGGCGUGCAGAUAGUGCAUUACAUCUCACCUCAAGGUUGCAUCUUGCCAGACGGAUCGUCUGAAGGAGCCUUCCGCCGCAAGGUGGCCUGCACGGUCCUCCCCAGAGAAUUGCAGCUGGUGAUCGGAGCUGGUUUCGGGCUUGGUAUUCUGCUCUUCGUGCUAGUCCUCUACUUCUGGAAGAAGAACAGGAAGUUGGAGUUUAAAUACAUGAAGCUGGUGCAGUCGAGCUCCUCGAAAGAUUGCGAAUUGCCGGCAGCCGAAAGCUGCGCCAUUGAUGAAGACGAAGAGGAGCACUUCGACAGCGUAGCUUUCAGUGACAAGAAAAAGGGCAUCCUUGGGAAAUUCAGGACGAUACGCGUCGGCAACAACAAGGAAAAACAUUACAGGACUGUAUACUUAGAAGAAGGUCACAUGGAAAAUGAGACCUGAAGUAGAACCGAUGUUGUUGUUGCAGAAAUAAUUAUUUUUUUGCGUUUUAUAUGAAUUGUGAUCUGGACUUUAAAGAAUUAUUGUAAAAAAAAGUUAUUUUACUUAAUGAUUUUGUUUAAGAAGACUUUAAUAUACUUAAUUCCAUAGUAAAAAUAGGUUAUUUUUAAUCGGGAACAAAAAAAAAAGUCAAUGUUACUCGUCCAAAGUAUUAUAUUUCAUUACAGAAAAUAUAAGCACAGCCGCAAGGAUGUUUUUUCAUUAUUGAUGUCUUAGUGAAUUAGAAGAUCAAAGUACAUUUUAGAUAUUAACAUGUAAUUACAGUGUCUAAUUUGUAGCAUGUGCAAGUUGAUUUUCAUCAUGUUUUGCAUUCAAAAUUGAAGACAUAUUUUCUUCUGUAUAAUUGAAAACUUUAACAUGAUAAUGAAAUAAUUUAUAAUUAAUUUUGCUGUCUGUAAAAUGAAAUAUAAUUGUGGUUAAAAUUUUAUCAGAUUUUUCUUAAUUGCUUUCAUUUGAUUGUAAUUUAAUGUGAUGUGUGUGAAUCAAAUAAAUAUUAAUACUAUCGUAUACAGUUAAUUUUUUUCAAAGCUUUAUUCUUGUUUUUAUAGAACUACAUGACUUUGAAUUUACGUACUUAUUCUCUGUCAUUUGUUUUCAUAUGCAUAGGCAUU